UUCUGGAGUGGAAGCAGUGUUAUCGCGUUUUAUAGAAUUUUGAUGCACGGGAUAAAGUUAAUUGUACAUUAUAAUAAUGGGUGCCAUACGUGAAUUAAAAAUAUGAUCUAACCACCGAAGUCACAAAUGGCUAUCGCUUCGUUUAUAAAAUCGAGCAAGUAUAUUAAGUAUACAUCGUACAGAAAAAUCUUGUAUCAUAGAUUUUUCGUUGGCCUAUUAUUGUUUAUUGUGCUUUCUCUGCUGUUUAUUGUGGUGUUUAAUGUGUUUUCGGGUAGUGCACCUCGGACAGAUUUUCAUGAGCCAGUGAAUCUUGAUGCAACUAACAUUCCGGUGGUGAAAAUAAAGCAUAUCGGCUGGCAGGCGUCAGACCGAGCCCCUGAAUGCACGUACUGGGAUUGUUUUGAUGUGUACAGGUGUGGAAAAGGGGGACACGAAAAGAUAACUAUAUAUAUUUAUCCAUUAAAAGAAUACCAGACUGAAAGUGGAACUCCUUUGUCCCAAUUUUCGAGGGAGUUUUACAUAAUUUUAGAUACAAUUAGACAUAGUAAAUAUUACACGUCCAACCCCGAAGAGGCGUGUUUAUUAGUGCCUAGUAUAGACACACUGAAUCGGCGACGAUUCUCUAAUAAACCUAUUUCUAAAGCAUUACAAUCACUGGAACAUUGGAACAAUGGUGAGAAUCACCUCAUAUUCAACAUGCUGCCAGGACACGCACCAAGCUUUGAUUCAUCUCUUGAUCUCAACACUGGCAAGGCCAUCAUAGCAGGAGCAGGAUUCAACACAUGGUCUUUCAGAUAUGGAUUUGAUGUCUCCAUCCCUGUGUACAGUCCGACUGCUGAGAAAAUAGACAGUUCUCAACCGGAGCAAAAAAACUUUUUGAUAAUUUCUGCACAACUGAACAUACCUGAUCAUUAUUUUGAAGACUUGAAGAAUAUUGCAUCUUCCUCGAAUGACCUACUUUUGCUUGACAGAUGUAAUGUAGGUCCAUACAUACCCAUCCCAACAGAUCACAGUAAACGGUGCGAGUACACAGGUCAGGUCUCAACAGGGAGAAUAUUUAAUUAUCCAGAUAUAUUAAAAGAAGGUAUGUUCUGUUUAGUUGUACGUAGGUCAAGACUGACCCAAUCUGUAUUAAUGGAUAUUUUGGCAUCUCAAUGUAUACCCAUAGUGAUAGCAGACUCUAUAGUGAUGCCGUUUAGCUCUCAUUUGGAUUGGAAUCGCAUUGCACUGUUCGUACCUGAAGAUAAUGUAAAGAAUUUGUUGAAAAUUGUACAUUCUGUUAGCAAAGAGAGACGAGGAGAGUUAUAUUGGCAGUUGAGAUGGGUGUAUGAGAAAUAUUUUUCCAGUAUAGAAAAAAUUACAUUGACAACAUUAGAAAUAAUUAAUGAGAAAGUGUUCCCAUUGUCAGCGAGAAUGUAUGAGGACUGGAAUAUGCCUGAACAUUUGUAUGGUCCAGUAAACCCGUUGUUCCUGCCAGUGACAGCGCCCAAAGCGCCGGGCUUCACGGCCGUCAUACUGACGUACGACCGCGUCGAUAGCCUGUUCGCGCUCGUCAGCAAGCUGGUCAAGACGCCCAGCCUCGCCAAGAUACUCGUCGUGUGGAACAAUCAGAAGAAACCGCCGCCGCCAUCGUCAGAGUGGCCAGUAACAAACAAGCCGCUUAAAGUGAUACGAACCAAAGAGAAUAAGCUGUCGAAUAGAUUUUUCCCCUACGACGAGAUAGAGACGGAAUGCCAGUUGACCAUAGACGAUGACAUCGUUAUGCUGACGCCGGAUGAGUUGGAAUUUGGUUUCGACGUGUGGCGAGAGUUCCCCGACCGUAUUGUGGGGUUUCCGUCCAGGCUGCACGUGUGGGACAACGCGACCAACUCGUGGAGGUACCACAGCGAGUGGACCAACCAGGUCUCCAUGGUGCUAACUGGGGCGGCGUUCCACCACAAGAUCUGGUCGUGGUACUACACGUACAAGAUGCCGCGCGAGAUCCGGCAGUGGGUGGACGACAACUUCAACUGCGAGGACAUCGCCAUGAACUUCCUCGUCGCCAACGUCACCAGGAAACCACCAAUCAAGGUGACACCCCGUAAAAAGUUCAAAUGCCCUGAAUGUACGAACACAGAAAUGUUAUCAGCAGACGAAAGGCACAUGUCCCAAAGGUCGUCCUGCGUUCACCGCUUCGCUGAAAUCUACGGUCACAUGGCUUUGAGGGCGGUGGAGUUCAGGGCAGACCCUUUGCAAUACAGGGAAGCGAAUUCUGGCGUUCCACAUAUGUAUCCUGAUAUUGGUGCCCUGUAAGGUAGGUAAUUUAUGAUCAUUUUGGUUGGGCCCCCUUAAUAGCUCGAAAGUCUUUUGAGUAUACGCGUUGAAUUGGAAUCGUAUUUCUAACAUACGUAAUAUAGAGAAAGAUCCGAUGAAUUAAUUAACUUUUGUAUAGAUAUCUAUAUACAAUGAAAGUAGCACUGACGUCACGUAAAGGGGCGGCGCCAUGGCGGAACCGGUUCCCCACUCGUCUGCCUCGCCCCGCGUGUCGUCACACAAGAAGAGAAAUGGCAAGGGAGAAAUUUAAAUUAAUGUAGUUAUGUUUAAACUCAAAAAAUGCGCUUUUUAGUGAAGUCUACACAUGAUACAAUAAAUGGUUCCUGGUUUAUGUAGAACCGCAAAAAAUAAAGGCCUAAGAUAGUGACUGAAUAAAAAGUAAGGUUUGGUUUCGAAACCGAUAUGAUUUCGAAAUUGGUGUUAUGUUUUUAGAAUUUAUUUAGGCUUGAAAAGGAUUUGAACUUGUAACAUUUGAUUUAAUUAGGAUUUGAGAUUUUUACGAAAUUUUAAUUUUGAAAUUGUGUUUUUUUUUUAAUUUAUAUUUAUACAUUACGUGUUAUAUAGACACGAUAUUGAUCAAUUUAAUAAUUCUUUUUACAUACAUAUAUUUUCUCAAUUAAUAUUAAUGAGUAAUUUAUAAAAUAACUGAAUAUAUAUUGCAAUUGCAACGAGUUGUUUUAUAUCAUUUUAUUAAGUGAUGAUUUUGAGUAUACAUAUUUUAUGUAUAUAUAUUUUUAUUGAUUUGCAUAGAGUUAUUCAACUAUAUUAUGUUGAUUUAAAUCAUGUUAAGAAAAAGGGGGCCCAGAAACUAGCUAUAUGAAAGAAGUUAGGAGGUUCGGACAAUAACAAUAUGAAUGAAGGCUGCAACAUAUAAAAUAUUGGGAUUGUGUUCCCAAUAGCAGGGUAUGUAGACAUAACUGCCAUUUAUUAUAAUUUCUCAUUAUUAUUCUUGAUGCCAGGAGAAUGGAAGUUUAGUCGAGUCAUAUGGCGUAUAAGCUUUUGGUGCAAAAAGUCUUUGAAAUUCAAAUUCUUUCAGUGAGACAGUUUUUUUUAUGUCUAAAAUAUUUCGUUUAGAUAUUUUGUUUAAUUUAAUUAAAACCAAUUAAAAGAAAUUAAAAAAAGAACACGCUUUAAAGAAAAAAAAGUCUAUAUUUGUGUAAAAAAAUCAACUACUACUUUUAAAAUUAAUCAUUUUGUUCUGCGAAAAUUAAUGGUUCAUUUUAUAUAUAAAUACGCCAUAUAUUUCAUGACGCAUUGCCUUAUAUUAAAAUGCAUUUUUAUUAUUUGUCAAUUUCUGUGCCAUGUACUUUAUAUAUUUAUAUCAUUAUUCACCUUUGACAGUCUGUCUAUAAGGAGUAGAAUUUAAAUGAAGCCGCCGCGUCCUUUUGGCUGGCAACAUUACAUGUAUAUCAACGGAUCUUGUCCAUUUUAUUUGGUAUUGCAACGGCAAAAAAUGUAAUUCUACUCUUUAUAUUAUAGCAGACUGUACGGCGCCAUACUAUUUUAUAGAAUCUGCUUGUUAAAACUCGAAGCGCUGUUGUUUCGAUGUAACCUUUCCUUAUAUUUUAAGGUAAUUUGUGUUGUGAGCUUAAUGGAAUGCCUUUGAAUUAUUUUUAUAUUUUAGAGAGUCAAUUUUUAGAAGUAGUUCUAUGUUUUUUUUUAUAUUUUGAUCGAGCUUCUAUGUUUAUUAAGGAAUGAAUUCAAUAAUGUAUUAGUAUUGUAUCUGUGUCAUAUUUUUGUGAAAAUCAACUAGUAAAUUAUGCAAAUCUAUUUUACGUAUAGUUAUCGACUAUUAUUUUAUUAUACCUAAUUAACACGCAUAUGAUAUUUUUUAUAAUUUAAUUAUUUUUUAAAUUAAUUUUAAUAAAGACUCCAAAUAUGACACAGAUAAUAAUAAACGAGUAUAAACUGCGAACUGAAGAAAUUCCCUAGAGCUUGACAUAAAGUAAUGCUUCACUAGAUAUAGAUAAAUGCGAAACUCUGCUUGGAUAUAACAUAUCUUCUCGGAAACUGCCCUUUAACUAUGAAACUUUAAGGCCAAAAUAGUUUGACAAUACUACAUUUUAGUAAUUUUUAACUUGAUUUUUAAAUCGUUUAUUUUUAUAAUGCUUAUUUCGAAACUUAAAUAAAAUUGAUUUUACUUUGGCACAAUUUAAAGAGCUGGUUAUUAAUUAACCAGCAUAAUUAAACCUAAAGUUUAAUUUACAAUAGCGAAAAAUGAAAUAUAUACAAUCUUUAUUAGUACAAAAAAGUAAAAAGAUUUUAGACGAUGUCUGAAGUUAAAC